GCCCACACGAGACACGACGCACAAUCACCUUCCACCCCGCGCCCCGCUGCACUGUCACCGAUCCACUCUCUCCCACUGCCCAGCCACCACCUCCCACGCCGGCAGCGUUCAAACCCCGCAAAACCCUAGCCGGCCAACGCCACCACAACCGAACCACCAUGCCGGCCACCCCUCUCGUCCUCGUCCUCGCCCUCUUGCUUCUGCUCCUAGCCGCCGGGCCGCGCCCCGUGGCCCCCGCCUCCACCGACCGCGCUGCGCUACUCGCCUUCCGGGCGUCCCUCGCCCCGCCCUCCCGCGUGGCGCUCUCCUCCUGGCACGGACCGCUCUCCGCGUCCUGGCUCGGCGUCUCGCUCCACCCACCCGCCGCCGCCGCCGUGGCCGCUCCACCCUCCGUCGCGGCGCUCGCGCUCCCGGGCCUCAACCUCUCCGGGCCGCUCCCGGCCCCUUCGCUCGCGCUCCUACGCCGCCUUCGAGAGCUCGACCUCUCCGCCAACGCCCUCUCCGGCGAGCUCCCCUGCUCCCUACCGCGCUCGCUUGUCGACCUCGACCUCUCCCGCAACGCGCUCUCCGGUGCCAUCCCCACCUGCCUCCCUGCUUCGCUCCCGGCCCUCCGCACCCUCAAUCUCUCGUCCAACUCUCUCGGAUUCCCACUUUCCCCGUGGUUCUCCUUCUCCUCGCGCCUCGUUGCCCUCGACUUCUCCAGCAACGCCCUCUCUGGUGCCGUCCCGCCGCGUAUCGUCGCCGACCCCGACGCAUCCAGCCUCCUCCUCCUCGACCUCUCCCACAACCGCUUCUCCGGCGAGAUCCCUGCGGGGAUAACCGCGAUACGGAGCCUGCAGGGCCUGUUCCUUGCGGACAAUCAGCUGUCCGGGGAGAUCCCGCCUGGGAUUGGGAACCUGACCUACUUGCAGGCGCUGGAUUUGUCACAUAACCGGCUGUCCGGUCUAGUGCCUGCUGGGCUUGCCGGCUGCUUCCAGCUUCUGUACCUGCGUCUCGGGGGGAAUCAGCUCUCUGGGGCGCUGCGGCCGGAGCUUGAUGCACUUGAUAGUCUGAAGGUUCUAGAUUUGUCGAACAACAGGAUAUCUGGUGAGAUUCCGCUGCCACUGGCUGGGUGCCGGUCUCUUGAGGUGGUGAUCUUGUCGGGAAAUGAGAUCACCGGGCAGCUCAGUGGUGCUGUGGGGAAAUGGCAGAGCCUGAGGUCGCUGUCGCUGGCUGAUAACCAGCUCUCUGGCCAGCUACCAGAUUGGAUGUUCUCAUUCCCGGUUCUCCAAUGGCUUGAUUUGUCUGGCAAUAGGUUUGAGGGUUUCAUUCCUGAUGGUGGUUUCAAUGCAAGUUCAGUGCUUAAUGGCGCAGGAGGUGGUCAGGGCAUUCCAGCAGGUGCUAUGAUUUCACCUCAACUGUUUGUAUCAGCAUCUGUAGAUGCCACAGGCCAGCAGCUUGAACUGGGCUAUGAUCUUCGAGCAGCCCCUGGUAUAGAUCUAUCAACGAAUUUGCUCCAUGGAGAGAUACCUGAAGGGCUGGUUGCAAUGAAGGGAUUGGAGUAUCUGAACCUUUCUUGUAAUUACUUAGCUGGGCAGAUCCCUGCAGGGCUUGGGGGGAUGGGAAGGCUGCGAACGCUGGACUUCUCACAUAAUGGACUGUCAGGGGAGGUGCCUCCUGUAAUUGCUGCCAUGACAGAGCUCGAAGCCCUUAACCUCUCUUACAAUAGCCUAUCUGGGCCUUUGCCAGCAACCGAUGGACUGCGGAAAUUCCCAGGAGCGUUGGCAGGAAACCCUGGGAUAUGCGGUGGGGAAGGGUGCACUAUGGAUGGAACGAUGCCAGAAGGGAAAAUAGCCAGAAAUAAUCGUCAUGGCUGGCUCAGUGACUGGCAUGGAGAGAAUGGAUGGGUGUCCCUUGGGGCGUUCUCUAUCAGCACGAUGACUAGCUUCUUUGUGUCGUUGGCAACCUUGCUAUGCUCCCCCAAGGCUAGGAAUUUCGUGUUUCGGCCUGUGAGGAUAGAGUAUUGAGGUUAGAGGGUGGAUCGGACAAUAAGUUCUGUAAAUACGAGAAUGUGUGCGAAGUUUGAGUGAUUUUAGUGUGCAGCUAUUCUUGACAAAAGCAAGUUGUCUAGCUUGUUUGAAUGAUCAGGUAUUACGCCUAGUGUUGUUGGCCUAGUAUUGUUGUUCUACGGAGGUCUAAAACUUUUUCUGGUGUAUUUGCAUCCUUGCGAAAAUCUGCUGGUUGUAAUCCUGCCAUUUCAGAGGAUUGUGCACCAGUUUCUAGUUGAGAUCAACAACUCCUGUUUCAGUGGAUGUACAUGAUUAGGUGGUGCGUUGGCCACCAACGGAUGAAUGUUGUACCAUGAGCAAUUUCAGAUGUAAAUACCAUGUAUCCUUUUUAUCAUGCUGAGGCAGGUUUGAGUCUAAA